AUGCAGGAUGGGCUCAUGGCUGCUCAUUCAUUUUCCGACAACGCAACAUACAAAUCCUUCAUUGCCCUUCCAUUGCAAAUCACCCAGAGGAAACUCACCUUAAACUCAACCAUGGCCCUUGAAACGCUCCUCGUCAAGGUCAAAACCGCCAUAUCAAACAAGUUCGACUCGGUUCCGCCCAAGCUUCUUAAAAAGAAACCCUCGUUCAAGUCCAAACCAAACGUCGGAGUUUUGGCGUUCGAGAUUGCUGGCGUCAUGUCGAAGCUCCUCCACCUCUGGCACUCGCUAUCCGACGCCACCAUCGUCCGCAUCCGAAACGACGCUGUCAACCUCGAGGGUGUGAGGAAGAUCAUCUCCAACGACGAGUCCUUUCUCCUAGGACUCGCCUGCGCCGAGUUCGCCGAGUCACUCAGAGUCGUGGCGAACUCAGUGACCCGACUCAGCGCGCGCUGCGAGGACCCAAACCUGCGCCCCUUCCAGCAGGACUUCCUCGAGUUCGCAGACUCGGGCCGCGACCCAAACGGAUGGGCCCUCCCUGGCCCAAAAGAAACCGAAUCAAAGCUCAAGAAAAUGGAGCGUUACGUGACGCUCACGGCAACCCUCUACCGCGAAAUGGAGGAGCUCACGGUUCUGGAAAGCGGCUUCAGGAAAGCUAUGAACCACGCUGAGGCCAACAACGUUGGGAGUAAAGACCAGCAAAAACUCUACGAAGUUCAGCAGAAGAUUUUCUGGCAGAAGCAAGAGGUGAAGGAUCUCAAAGAAAGAUCACUAUGGAGCAGGAGUUUCGACAACGUUGUCGUGCUCCUUGUAAGGUUCAGUUUCACUGUUUUAGCAAGGAUUAAGGUUGUCUUUGGAAUCGGUCACCGUAUGCCUUGUCUGUCUCGUACUUUGUCUGCUUCGGCCACUGUUUAUCCAUCUGAUCAAAGCCCUAAUGAUUUCGUUGUUUCUGGGUCAUUGGAGCAAGACUCAAAGCCUGAUGAAGAGGUCAGUGACGAUAUGGGAAGUGGGUUUUUUGAGUCUAACUCGAAGCUUCUGAGGCCACCCGAGAGCACGUUGGGGGCUGCUGGUUUGGCUUUGCACUAUGCGAAUUUGAUCAUAGUGAUGGAGAAGAUGAUAAAGUCACCACACUUGGUUGGGUUGGAUGCAAGGGAUGAUCUGUAUGGCAUGUUGCCGAGGAGCAUAAGGUGGGGUUUGAGGGGGAGGUUAAGAGGGGUGGGGUUUUGUGCGAGUGAUCCUGUUCUUGCUGGUGAGUGGAGGGACGCGUUAGGGAGGAUAUUGGGGUGGUUGUCACCUUUGGCACACAACAUGAUAAAGUGGCAGAGUGAGAGAAGCUUUGAGCAACACAACAUGGUUCCCAAGACCAAUGUGUUGCUGUUGCAGACUUUGUUCUUCGCCAACAAGGACAAGACUGAGGCUGCCAUCACCGAACUUCUCGUGGGAUUGAACUAUAUUUGGAGGUUUGAGAGGGAAAUGACUGCUAAGGCUUUGUUUGAAUGCGCCAAUUCUAAUGGGCUAUUGCUCAAGUUGAGCAAACCAGUUAAUGAGACAUGA